AUGAAGUGGUUAAUUGGGUUCAAAAGUGCCAAAUCUUCGAAUAGGGAUAAUCAAACAGACAGUAAUGGUGCUAAAGUUAAUUCAUGUUCAGGAAAUGCGGUAGUAGAUAAACUAGAUUCGAAUAAGACGCUUUUAUCCCUCCCUGAAUCAAUUCUUAUCCGAAUUUUGAAAUGCCUUGAUACUAAGAGUCUGCUCUCACUUUGCUCAGUGAGUCGUCCUAUGUACCGAAUCGUGAUCCGUUAUUUGUACGAAGAUGUUGUUCUUACUUCUAAGGAAUCCUUACUUAAGUUCGAUGCUAUCAUCCAUGCUAAUUUUAGCACGCAUCGGAAUUUGUAUAGCUGUAGGAAGGGGAACCGUGAUGAUCUAAGGUAUUUUGUCAAGAGAAUUGAGUUUAUGGAUCCACAGUGUAAUGAUUCGCACUUUAAGUUCAAAGAAUCAAAUGUCACAGCUCCAACGGUGGAGAUAAAUGGUGCCUUAUCUUACACUAAACCUUUUGGGAACCCACUCACUCCAAUGCCUUCUCGCAAGUCGUUUUCAACACAUGUUUCAGAUGUACAGAAGGAGCGACACUCUAAGGGUGGUAUGGCCCACGAAGGUCAUUCACCUUUACGUGUAUUUUUUGAUUUUGGCAGCUCUAAUAUUUCUGAUCUGGAAGCAAAAUAUGUUCACUAUACUUAUAUUGAGUUAAUGAUAGACAUCUUGGAUUAUCUUCCUAAUCUAACACACAUUUCUAUGAGCGAGGUACGAGCAAACUUUCGGAUACCUUUGUAUUACUCUAUUCUUAAUGAUGGGACCAAUGAAUACAACAGAAAGCUAUCUAAAGAACCGAAAUCUUUAACCCCUGAAGAUUUGCAGACGUUUAAGAUUUCUAAGAAAUGGCUAGCUGAGUAUAGAGAAAAAUUCAAUUCGCUUCCCAGGUAUAAAAGUUUGGAGAUAAGAGCUGCAUCGAAUUCUAGAUCAGCUGUAUACCUGCGACCAAAUUGGCUGUGCUUAUUUGGUGUGUGUAAAGAGUUAGUGUUGGUGAAUGUCACUAUUGAUACACAAUCCCUUCAUGCUCCUUUAGAAUAUUUACCGUUAUACACUAAAGUGGGGGAUCAUGGGUUUAUUAUCGUAAAUUCCCCUGUCGAGACGCUCAUCCUGAAUUCCUGUACAAUAGUACCAGGUAACGGCAUUAUGAAAUUGCUACACAGUUAUUUCGGUCGUGUGAGAAGGCUGUCGCUUUUGAAUCUGGAAAGUCAGCAUGACCUGCUGCUGAGCAAAUGCCUUCCACUAUUGACUCACUUGACGAUAGACUUCAAUAGCCAAUGUUUCACUAAUCAGCAACUGGUCGAUGGUAGCUACUAUUUUCCAUCCGAAGAGUGGACUGGCCUUCACAUAAAUGACGAAAAUUCACUUUCAGAAACUCUAAUUGAUAGUUCAACUCGCAAAACAUUUUUAACACCUCCGCCAAGCACACCCGUUAUAAUCGCUAUCAAUUCAGGUGCCAUUAUCCAAAACGAUAUGGAAUAUUCAAAAAGAGGCGCCCUAAUUACCAAGGAUCAGAAAGAAUAUUUUACCUAUUUCCGAAUACACAAGUUUUAUUACUUUUAUCACUACUUCAAGAAUAUAUGGGAUCGUAUUUGUUGUCAAAACAUUGAUUUAAAAAUUAUAAAUAUUCCAUUCACAAAUGUGCGUCCGUUAGAGCCAUGUCAAUUUUGGAAACAAUUUAUUCGUUAUCAAUGCGAUGAUCAAGUUACGGUUUGUGGGAAUAUUCCAACAAGCGAUCCCCUUAUGGCUGGUGAAAAUGAACAGUAUAGUUGGGAUGCAAAAUUACAAGAAAGUUAUCGAAAUGCGUUGCGUAUCUUAGAUGAACCUCAACAUACUUACACGUCAUCGGCAACUGAGGACACUGGGAACCAUCUUGUCCCGGAUGCAUCCGUACUCAAUAAUUUCUUGAACUACCACAUGUUUAAAGAUAUACCCAAUAUAAACCUAUGGUUUUUCAUGAAGUCCUUGGUCAAAUUCAAAUCUGUCGAAUUCAAUAUGUUACGAUCUUGGUCCUUAUGUACUCCAAGAACGAGAUUUGAUUGGGAAUUGCUUUUGAAGCCCGUGUUAGAGGGUCAGAUACCCGUCCGAGUUAAAGAUAACGUCGGUGUCAACUUGUAUUCGUAUGGAUUCAAACCAACUAUAAUAAGUAGUGUGACUGAAUAA